AUGGAAAACACACCUGAGCAACAAGUGGAAGGUCAAGCGAUCGUUACAGUGCUUGCAGCAGUACUGGAGCGAUUGGUGAAUGCCAACUCCUCGCUAGCAAAAGCAGAUCCAGGACAAAUAACAAAGUUUCAUGCGUUGAAGUCUCCCGGGAUUGGAAUACUUCCCUACCUCGAACGCGUUUACAAAUACGCAUCAUGUUCCAAUGAAUGCUUCAUCCUGGCUCUGAUAUACAUUGAUCGAUUGAUCCAAAGAAACAACUUUCUGCUCACAGAAUUGAAUGUCCACCGUGUUGUUAUUACUGCAACUCUGCUGGCUGCAAAAUUCUUUGAUGAUGCUUACUACAAUAAUGCCUACUACUCAAAGGUUGGAGGUGUUAUGGUUAGUGAAAUGAAUGGAUUGGAGGUAGAUUUCCUAUUUCGAAUAAACUUCAGUCUUCAUGUAACGCCGGAGGUGUUUGAGAAAUACAAAGCGGAACUAGUGGCGCAUUCAGCAAAUAUGGGCCUUUCAGUACCAGCACCCCAGAUUCCACCAUCAAUACCAGAAGAACCGGAAUCAAGCCACCAAACAUAUGCAGUGCAGCAACAACAGCAGCAGCAGAUUCAACCACAACACACAGUUUCAGCUACUUUCCAAGCUGGAGCAGCACCAAAUCAAAUACAAAACCAAUCAUUCGUUUCAAACGACACAACAAUGCAUAAUGCAGCUACACAGGAAGUUCUGGUACCAAUUGGAGGUCAACCGUCACAAAACAUCGUUAGAUCCAACACGGAACAAAUGAUACAGAAUGAGUUCACGCAAUAUUUGCAAAGAGCUACUUCCUUACCUUAUCCCGCACCUAGUGAACAGCAGAAAUAUGUCGAAGCUGUACCGACAUAUCACAGUGCACCAAUGAUAUCGUCGGUAGGGAUUGAUGCCGAUCAAUAUCUGCAAUUGAACAAACACCUUUACCCGCUCGAAACAACCCUCGUACAUCAUCAUCAUGGGAUGGAAACUUGUCACGAGAACGGAUACGCACAAGGAGCUCUUGUCGCUGGACGCUACUAG